ACGAAGUAGUCAUUUGUAUUUUUGUUUAUCAAGAAAAUUCAUACAUUAUUCGAUCCAAAAUGACAUCAAAUUUUUUAUCCUUGCUGGAAGACAAAAUUCGUUCCCAUUGCGUAUGCUACUUGAUCGAGAAGUGUAUUGAGGAAAAUGGCAGAAAAUUAAAUCUCUCCCGAUCGAAGAUGAAAACCAUUCCACCAGCGCUGGACUCGUGCAGCUUUCUCUCAAAACUGUCCCUGGAUGGCAAUUCCCUCUCAUCGGCUUCAAUCACGAGCCUUCAAUCGUUGAAAUUUCUUCGCUACCUCACGCUGAACGACAACGAAUUAAACGAAUUCCCGGAGGAGCUGUGCGAGCUGAAGUUUGUCGAGUUUCUAAACAUUGGAGGCAAUCCGAUAGGCCGUCUACCCGAAUCCAUCGACAAAUUGAAAAAUCUAAUUACUCUCUGGUGUAAUGAUAUGCUGUUAGAGUUUUUGCCCGAGGCAAUCGGUAGGCUGCGGAAACUCAGGACGUUUGGCGCUCGAGCUAAUCAACUGACGGCUUUACCGAAAUCGUUCGGAGAACUGAAGCGCUUGAGAUGGCUUUCAUUGGAGAAUAAUAGAAUCGAUACACUGCCGGAGUCUUUCGGAGAGCUUUUCAAGUUAACCCAUUUAAAUUUGACACGAAACCAAUUCGACGGUAUUCCCACGACAGUAUUCAUGCUCAAACGAUUAAAAUUUUGCUCGUUCGCGGAAAACCUAAUCGAAAAUGUAUCUGAAAUUGUUCUGGCUGGGUUACAAUACAUUCCAACUCUUUUAUUGGGUGGUAAUCCAAUGAUUGCGAGUGAAUCAACUGGUAAUUUGAAACAAGUACACUUCAAGUUCGAUAUUUUGAAUGAGAUGGUGUCAGAAGAUUGGAAUUUCAGCCUACCAAACAGUGAACUCAAUCUGGUAGAUAGCAGUGACGAGGAUACGUUUGAAGAACCGUACGAAAUGGAACUACCCCAACAAGCUCGGUUCUGCUUGGCAGCUUGAAGAACAUUAGUG